AUGAGUUUGGAUGAAACAAAUCUUCAUAUUCUUGCAACCUCAGGAAAUACUAAAGAGCGUCAAUAUGCUGCUCGUAUUCAACCGAUAAGAAAAAACGGACAUCUACUUUUGGUCACAUUAUUACUCUUUAACGUCCUAGUUAACGAAACUUUACCCAUUAUAAUGGACGAUAUAAUUGGCGGAGGAAUAAUGGCAAUUCUCCUUUCCAGUGCUCUUAUCGUUAUUUUCGGUGAGAUCAUUCCACAAGCUGUAUGCUCUCGACAUGGACUUGCAAUUGGUGCUUUUUUUGCUAGGCCAGUGGGAAUUUUCAUUUGGAUCAUGUUCAUCAUAUCCUAUCCAAUCGCAAAAUUGCUAGACGCUAUUCUAGGCAAAGAAAAAGGAGUAAUUUAUCGUCGUGCCGAACUAAAAGAAUUGAUUAAAUAUCAUGAAUCCUCAACAUUGCGUGGCGGUGACCUUGUAACUGACACUGUUACUAUUAUGCGUGGCGCAAUUGAUCUUCAAGAGAAAAUUGUUGAAAAUGCCUUGACACCAAUCGAAAAAUCUUUUUUGAUUUCUUAUGACGCAAUUUUGGAUCAGAAAACUUUGGAGGUGAUCGUCAGAACUGGUCAUUCACGAAUACCUGUUUACAAGGGUACACGUGAUAACAUAAUCGGGGUUUUGUUGACAAAGUCUUUAAUACUUUAUAAUCCGCAUGACGCGAUACCACUUCGAAAACACACAAUCAACAAAAUUCCGACAGUCGAAGCUAACCUACCCUUAUUUGAGAUGUUAAACAUAUUCCAAGAAGGCAGAAGUCAUAUCGCAAUUGUUGUAAGAAGCAAGAAAGAACAAAAAACACCACCAAUUGGCAUCAUAACGCUCGAAGAUGUACUCGAAGAACUAAUUCAAGAAGAAAUCUACGAUGAAACGGACAAAUGUGUGGGAUUGACGGUACGAGUAGAUACCGGAUCGAAACUAAUUUUGGCAAAUACGACGCAUCGUACUUCCACCAACGAUCCAAUAUCGACCAUCGGUGGCGAAGGACGAGGUCGUAGAAAGUUUAGGAAUAUAACUAUACGCUCUCGGAGUCAGCCUGUUACUGGUCCCCGUGUAAAUGAAGCUACGCCUUUGUUACAAACUUCAAGCCCGCAUUCUGCUAUAAUAAUGUAUUAA